GGCAACCUUGGUUCAUGUUUCACUGCUUUUCUGACCCGUGUGGUAAAUCGGACACUGCGUUCAAUAUUCAAGUGAUUCGUUUGUCUUGAUGCUACUCCGAAUUAAAAUAAGGACGUGACAGAAGUCCUUUCUAUGUGCUGAUAUUUAAAAAAGUUAAUAUUGACUAUCGAUGUGUUGAGCUUCACCAGUUGAUAGAUAGGGAAUCUGUGGUUCAGUAAAGUGACAGAAUUCAGACUUUGGUCCAGUGGAGAAAUUAUUCUAACGUUCUUUACUUUAAUGGUACCGCAAUGAUUUUUUAAGUCUAUUGUAUAUCUUUUUUGUGUUGUAGUUUAAGCACAGUUACAAGGUGUUUACUAAUUCAUCUGUCAUCUGCAGUACACAUCUGUACUGUAGUGAGGGCAGUGCGGUUAUGUUGUGGGGUUCAUAUCGAUGGUCUAUGACGUCCAUAAUGCUUUAGUGUGAAGCAGUCACAAAGAUCUUCUCUCUCAAUAAACAGCUAAAGUUCAAAAGGCAAUUGAAGUGAUGGAUGAGUUGUGUUUGUGUCCAGGUCUCCAGUCUACUAUGGAUGAGGAGAGAGAAGAGGGGGGUCCUACCUCUAAGACCACUCUGUCUGGGGAACAUGGCCGCCGGAGCAAAGCUAAGAGAAGAGUCCAGCAGGAGAGAGCAGACUCCCCUGGACCCAGCUGUGUCUCCAUGAAGAGUGGCUGGUCUAUGGAUGUACCAUUGGUGUUUAAAGAUGGACGUCCCUCAAGAGAGGAGAGCCCAGAGCAGCAGCAGAGAACAGAUUUCCCUGGACUCAGCUGUGUCUCCAUGAAGAGUGACCGCUCUAUGGAUGUACCAUUGGUGUUUAAAGAUGGACGCCCCUCCAGCGAGGAGAGCUUGUCUGGCUGCCUGGUCACACAGGAAGGCUGUGCUUCACUGGCCUCAGCUCUGAGCUCCAACCCCUCCCAUCUGAGAAAGCUGGACCUGAGCUACAAUCACCCAGGAGACUCUGGAGCUGCGCUGCUCUCUGCUGGACUGGAGGAUCCACGCUGGAGACUGGACACUCUCAGUGUGGAGCACGGUGGAGUGUGGAGGCUGAAACCAGCUCUAAAGAAGUAUGCCUGUGACCUCACACUGGACCCCAACACGGCCUACAGACAACUCUCUCUGUCUGAGGACAACAGGAAAGUGACGCUGGUUAUAGUGGACCAGUCGUAUCCGGAUCACCCAGACAGAUUUGACGCCGUGCCCCAGGUGUUGGGUAGAGAGGCUCUGACUGGCCGCUGUUACUGGGAGGUAAAGUGGAAAGGAUGGGUUGAGAUAGGAGUGACAUACAGAGGAAUCACAAGGAGAGGAGCGGGUGAUGACAGCGACCUUGGAAUGAACAACAAGUCCUGGAGUCUUGAUUGUGAUGAUGGUGGUUACUCUGCCCGGUACAACGGUACACUAACAGACCUCCCUCUCCACCCCGCUGGCUCCACCAGAGUAGGAGUGUAUCUGGACCGGCCUGCUGGCUCUCUGUCCUUCUACAGAGUGUCCCCAGGUGGAGGAGGGUCCUCAGACACACUGACACACCUCCACACCUUCUGGUCCUCCUUCACCCAGGAGGACCUCCUCCCGGGGCUCUGGGUAGGGGGGGGCAGCGUCUCUGUGAUCCCUCCGCGGUAG